AGAGGAGGGCAGCUGUGCGCAAACAGCUCAUCCCAAACCAGCCGCGUCCUCAGGUCUUCUGUCAGUACGUCUGCUGUUGUUCUUCUCUCCACCCGGCAAAAUACACCCUCUCACCAGAGUCCAACAAUAUUUGCACCAGUUUUAUGGGCUGAAAGGAGAACUUUUUCUCAACGUUACUUUUGGAUCUUAUUGUGCAGUAAACGAGUAAGGGAGAUUUUCAUCAGCAUCUUGAAUGCUCCAGCAUCUUUAAAGAAUCAUUGAAAAGCCAGAGAAGUACCCUAUUCCACUGACUGUCCAGUGUCCCUCAGCUGUCAUGGCUGAAGCAGAAGUGCGACUGCUGAGGUGUAUUUUGCUGCUGCUCCUCCUGCCUAUCAGCUUAAGUCAGCGAGACUGUUCUGGUGUGGACUGUCCCCUAUUAAAUAACUGCAUCAAAGAAGAGCUGGAGAAUGGUGCCUGCUGCACCUCAUGCUUGCAGAAAGGAUGUAGAUGUGAGGGUUAUGAGAAAUAUGACUGCAUUCAUGCUGGAUUUAAGGAUGGCUUAGUGCCUGAGGGAGAGUCCUAUUUUGUUGACUAUGGCAGCACUGAGUGCUCUUGCCCUGUUGGAGGAGGACCAAUCAGCUGCCGCUACAUCGACUGUCCCAAUAUGCCACCGAACUGCAUUGAGAUUUCAGCGCCUGAGAAUGGCUGUCCACAGUGUGAAGUCAUUGGAUGCGUUCAUAAUGGGGAAAAGUAUGAGGCCGGACAUUCAUUUCACAUGGAAAAUUGCAUGGUCUGCCACUGUCCUAAUCAAGGAGGGGAACUGAUGUGCUAUCCAGUUCCUGAUUGUGAUGUCCAAAAAGUCCAUAAUCCCAUGUUAACAUUCCUUACAGGUGGUGGCACAUCCAAUGGACGAGAUGGCUACCCCACCAGCUUUGAUCAGAUCCCUUCAUCAUAUCACCAUCCUUCUGGUGGGAAUCUUCCUCUUUUCAGAACCUCCCCAUAUGAUAACGAUUCAGAUGAAUAUGACUACAACCCUUCUGACUUCUCUGAGACAUAUCCGGAUUUAUUUGUUCAACCCACACAGUCCUCCCUUUCCUCCAACAGAGUAGCAUCUACAGGCUCUGAGAGAUCUGACAGAACUUCUUCUCUUCUGAGUUUAAACAUUCAAGAAAAGAUGGAGCUGAGAGAGCCAUACAGAGUUCAUCACCAUCUCGCAGACAACAAAAAAGUGACAGACUUUGCCUCAGCUGUCGAGCAAAAUACUGCCAGGUCAACCGUAACUGCAACUACUUCUUGGCAGGGUCUCCUGCACACACAAACUCCUUCAUCUAGAAGUGUGAAUUCCUAUGCAGAAUUGGAAAAUCCACUUUAUGUACACAGAAGUCUGGGAAGUGAUGCAUUUCCAGUCAACAACCCUAAGAGUCCUGAAGGAAAUUCAGAAAGUACCCUUCCUCAUCAGAGGAGCAGUACGACUGAGGUGUAUCACCCUAACACAUUAGAUGGUGUAACCCCCAAAGGUUCAAACAGUCAGAUAAACAAAACUCAUUUAAUGAGAGGAACGGAAUAUGCACCUGCCCAGAAAGGUGGAUCGGAGACAGUAGAGUUCCCACUAUACAUGUUGAGAAACAUGGAUUCUCCAGAUGAUGACAUUUUAAGAGCACAUUUUCCUGAAGAACUUCAUGAACCAGAUGACAAGAAACGGUUUGUUGCAGGACCUAAAGAAACUGAUGUGCCAGACUUAAUCAGGUUAACACAAACGGAAAAAAGCCAUAUUAAUUUUGAGUCUAGCAGUCCAUCACAGGGGAAUCUUGAUUAUCAGCAAACAACAAUGGCUUAUUUCAACACCACUACAACCCAGCCACCUUCCACUGUCAGACUGACAGAGAGUCUGCCCAUUGGAGAUCUGCCUCUCAGUCCCCGCAGAGAGGAUCUGAAGGCUGAGCUGAAGACAGGAGAAGAGGAGGGCCGUAGUCCUGUUUUACUCUUCAGACCAGAAGGAGAUUCAUUGGGAUCUUCUGAAGACAUCCUGCAAAGCUGUUGUGACGCUGGGCUGAGAUGGGCCAGGGAAAAGAAGCACUGCAACCACAUUACUGUACACAGUGACAAGCACUCUAUUUGCAGUGUUGUUGGGCAGCAGUGCUGCCUCAGCUCUGUGAAGGACAGCCGGUGUGAUGCAGGAGUGACUGCAGCCAGAGCAGGACACCAUUGUGAAGCUGAUGUGGACAACGCAUGCACAGAUGAAUACCAGGUGUGCUGCAGCUGCUGUGCCAUUGGCUUGUGGAUACGGAGUGAAGGACUAGACUGCAAUACCCAAAAGUACCUGAGCUAUCCAUGUGGCCACAUUUUCCUUUCCUGCUGUAAGGAAGAGGAAGGUCAGAGCCAGUUGCCACAGUGGAGGAAGAAGAUAUCCAGACCAACUGCCCUACCCAGACAAGUGAGUCAGGAGGAGAACAGCCAGGUGGAAGAAAUUAACAGUUCCACUCACACCACUGCCACCAUGACUCCAACCUCUGAGACCACCACAAGCUCUGUCCGGCUCCAUCCAUGUGCAGACGAGAGUGGCUGCAGUCAGCAGUGUACUGCGGUGGCGGGCCAAGCUCACUGUUCUUGCUUCCCAGGGUUCUCACUGAUGACUGAUAGAAGAACAUGUAAAGAUGUGGAUGAGUGCAUGACCAACACACACAGCUGUCGGUCAAACCAGCGCUGCGUGAACACCGUAGGUUCAUUUGUAUGUGAGUUGCAGGUUAGCUGUCCAGCAGGAUACCAGCUGCAGAACGGUGUUUGUCGGGAUAUUGAUGAGUGCAUGGUGAGAACCCAUAACUGCGAUGAGGGCUUUGUGUGUGAGAACAGAGUGGGUUCAUUCCACUGUAAUCCCAAGCUUAAGUGCAUCAGUGGGUUCAUACAAGACCUUCAUGGCAAUUGUAUUGACAUUAAUGAAUGCAGCAGCCUAAGUGAGCCCUGCACUUCCGGUUCCACCUGCAUCAACACAGUGGGCUCCUACACGUGUCAGCAGAAGUCAUUGAUUUGCAAUCCGGGCUACACCUCCAGCUCAGAUGGAACCAAGUGUGUCGAUUCUGAUGAAUGUCAGAUGGGGACGCACCAAUGUGGAGUGGGCCAGAUCUGUCACAACCUCCCCGGCAGCUACCGCUGUGACUGUCAGACGGGCUACCGGUACGAUGCCUUCCGCAAAGUCUGCACAGAUGUAAAUGAAUGCUGGCAAUCUCCUCGGAGGCUGUGUGCCCAAACCUGUGAAAAUACCCAGGGCUCCUACCGCUGCUCGUGCACAACUGGCUUCUCCCUAGCAUUGGAUGGAAAGAACUGUGAGGAUGUCAAUGAGUGUGACAACAACCCAUGCAGCCAGGAGUGUGUCAACAUAUACGGCUCCUAUCAGUGCUACUGUCGUCAAGGCUAUUACCUGAAAGAGGACAGACAUACCUGUGAAGAUAUUGACGAGUGUUCCCAGAGCAUCGGGAACCUCUGUGGUUUCCAGUGCAUCAAUGUUGUAGGCAGCUACCAGUGUGCCUGUCCUCGAAAUGGGUAUGUUACAGUAGCCAAUGGACGGACCUGUAGAGACAUUGAUGAGUGCAGGACUGGAACCCAUAACUGUUCCUUCUCACAGACCUGCUAUAACCUACAAGGCAGCUUCAAGUGUGUCUCAUUUGAUUGCCCUCAAAACUACAAGAAAGUGUCACCAACCCACUGUGAGCGGAUCAGUUGUCCCACCAACUCCAUAGACUGUCAGAACUCCCCUCUAAGGAUCGCAUACCAUCAACUCAAUCUCAAAACAAACGUUAUCACUCCAGCUCAGAUCUUCCGUAUGGGACCCUCACAAGUCUUCUCAGGUGACAACAUUGUCAUCAGCAUCAUCAAAGGCAAUGAAGAGGGCUACUUCAGUGCCCGCAAGCUGAACAGUUUCACAGGUGCCAUUUAUUUGCAAAGGAAAGUUGACGAGCCCAAGGACUUCCUGCUAGAUGUGGAGAUGAAGCUCUUGAGGAAAGGAACAUUCACCUCAUUCCUGUCCCGAAUCUAUGUCUUCAUCACAUCCAACAAGAUGUAACUCCAAACACAAAAACUAUGUAUCAAAUAAGGUGCUUACUGUUUUUUAAUCUCCAAAGACUUUAGGAAAUAUCUGAAUGUGUGUGUGUGUGUGUGUGUGUGUGUGUGUGUGUUAAAAAAAUGAAGGGGACACUUUUUUAAUCAAGAGUAUAAUAUGAAGUUUAUUUGAUCAUUUCAGUAGUAGAGGUGGUUGUUAAUCUGUGUUCUUUUUUUUAAUCUGUGUUCUGAUGUUAAAGAAAGCAGGUUCACGAAAGUGGCAACAACGAGAUGACCUCAAAAGGAAUGGUUUUGCAGGUGCUUUUUUGACUGUUUUUCAGUAGUUUGCAUUUGAACAGCCACUUUCACAAGUGACUGUUCAAAUGCAUCCAUCACAGUACCAUGAGCCAAUACUUGGACCCUACAGAGGUUGUACUAGUGUGCCGUCCUAGUAGAGUUGUCCGACUCUGUUAGGAUGGCACAACAAUGUGUGCCAGUGCCAGAAGAUUUUCUGUCUCCCAGCAUGUUCUCAAGAGCAUAAAGGUGAUUCCUGGAGACAGGCAGUUACACUAGGAGAGCUGGACAUGGCUGUUGGAUGUCCAUAACCCAUCAGCAGGACAUGUAUGUGCUUCUUUGUGCAAGGAGAAACAGGAUGAGUACUGCCAGAGCCCUACAAAGUUACAUCUAGCGGGCCACUGGCAAGGAUGUGUCGUGCCAAACCUGUAGAAACAGACGUAAUAGGGUUAGCCUCAGGGCCUGGUCUCUCUAGUAGGCCCAGUGCUCACUGCCUGACACUGUGGAACACAACUGGCAUUUGUCCUGGCCAGGAUCUGGGAGGAGAUACACAAGGAAACCAUCUGUCAUAUCAUCAGGAGAAUCCCCCAACGUCACCAGGCAUAAAUACCAUCCUGUCGGGACCGUACAAACUACUGAGUACCAUUUAGAGUUGCUGCAAUGACAUUUCAGCAAAUUGGACUAGGCAGGUGCAUCCGUUUAUAGUCUCACUUUCUCUGUGACUUUGGAUUAAGCCCUCUGUGGAUUGAUAAUCUUCAUUUUCAUCAAAUGAUCAAUAUCCUUUUGGUUCCUAACACUAUCUAUUCCAUACCAGUCAAAUAUCGAGCAGGAUCUUUUUUCCACUUUACAUCCGAUGUGUUCCCCUAAUUUUUUUGAGCUUUGUAUUUAUAUCUGUGUGUGUAUGUAUUUUAUAUACAUAAAUAUGCAAUCUCAAUUAUCUAUGGCAGGUCACAUAGCAACAGUCACAUGCUAUUGCUAAAGCAAUAAGUUAAAAUAAAGGUGCUGCUUAACUCUCAAGAUAUAUUUGGUGCUGUACUCAUUUAAUCUAUAGGAAUUAUUUGAGUCUCAUGACAAAUAUUCAGAAAGUAAGAAAUUCAUCUUGAAUUAGACAUGGUGGGGCAUUUAUGGAUAUCCAAAUCUGUAUAGCAUAGGCAUGGACUGGUUUCUGGUAUCAAGGUUUGUAUUGAAUUUAAUAGAUUAUGCAUCAAAAUGGACAUAUGAUGCUUUUCAGUUCUUCAUUUUCACAUUGAAAUCAUUCAGUUGUGAUCUAUAUAAAGUGAAACUGCAACGCUU